AUGCCAACUCUAUCCAUUAACCACUACCGAGAUUCUGAUCCUGUAAUAACUACUCCUUCUCGCGCUUCCCCUGUCACUGUACCUCCAACGACUGAUCCGCCUACCCUGCAUACUUUUACGGGGUCAGUCGUCGGUUCUAUUUCCCGCCGCAAUCGUCGCUCCUUUGCAGCUUUAGCCUCUAGGACUUCAAGUGCCUUUGCUAAGUCUAUCAAUCAAACUACCCCAUUACGAUCUUCUCCAUCCGCCAGCAGUUUGUCAAGACUGUCCACACUCAGCGCGACCGUCAACCCCUUGACCCCGCCAUUGUCAGACGGAGAGUUCAACUCACUGGAUUUCGCGCGCUCAGAAUCUCCGGCAUUGACCGAACUGAACUCAUCUCAUAAACGUCGCUUAACUCUGCAGCGCAUUCCGUCCCAAGAGAUCCGUCUUACUCAGGCCACUGUGCCAACUGCACCGCCCACGAUGCACCAAACUUCAUCUAGGUUGUUGCGCAUGACCGAAGAUGAGCGCCCUUUCACCAAGGAUUUCAUGGACUUGUUCUCCACCUUGAUGGUUAGUUUGAAGCUGGACACCCACCGGGUUCGUUUCACCCGUUAUGACCACACCUUUACCUCGGAGGAGGCCAUCAACAACUUGGGCUCGCUCAAGUUCUCCCAAUCGAACCGCAUGCCUGACCCCAAGGACCCCUCCCGCAUCGUCACAACCACCACCACCACUACCUUCUCCAUGGCCAAGGAAAUGGCUCGUUCUGUUUGUCAGCGAUUCGUCGACGCCCGUUUUAUCGAGUCUGUAGAUGGCAAGGCCUUACCGGUUUUCCCUCUCAAGGGUGCCCUGUUCCAGCUCACCCCCAAGGGAAUUAACAUCCUGCAGCGCUUCUGCCAGCGGAACGGAAUCACCGCCCGUCACGUCAUGGAUGUGUUGGAGUCGCCGCGGAAUACUAUGCAAUUGGUGAACCUGGAGCGAGACAUUGAAUCUGAUAAAUUGUCGCAUGACCGCGCCACCAUUGAAGUCAUCUUUCGCCGAUUCGCCGGCCAGGAUGGCCCCAACAUCAAGAGCAGCAUUUCCACAUCCGAUUCCGACUCAUUAAGUGACUACACCAAUGGUCUGGUGGGAGUGAAGAUGGCUCGGGAGCGGAAAUUGCAGGAUGGCAAGGUCUACGGCAACACAUUCACCGGCAAAGGAGCCGUGGAUUGGUUGAUGGAUUGCUCUACCACCAUUGAGCGCCGGGAGACUUGUUUGAUUGCCGAGCUGUUUCUCAAGUAUGGUCUGAUCACCAUGAUCCAGGACGACAAGACUUUCCCCGAUUCCAACGCCGUGUUCCAACCAUCCAAAUACUCCAUUUACUGCAUCACCGAGCGCGGCCAGCGUGUAUGUGGAUGGAUCGCCCGCGACAAGAACCGUGACGCCAGCGCCAACACUACCUACGACAACCGUGGCAUGCCUCGGGAUUCCAACAACGCUCGCCUCACCCACAUCCUUGGCGACCCUGCCCUCCGUCUUUUGUUCCGCGAGUUCCUGCGCUACUCUCUCUGUGAAGAGAACCUAUCGUUCUACCUCGAUGUGUCCGAAUUCACUGCCAACUACCACAAGGCCGAGAAGGCCGGUGUUUUCAGCAAGGUGGACUCGGUCCGAGAAACCUUGGCUGCUGCCUAUGGCUUGUACAACGCGUUCCUGGCUCCUGGAUCCCCUUGCGAGUUGAACAUUGACCACGCCCUACGCAACAGCCUGGCCAGCCGUAUGACCAAGGCUGUGGGAGACGAUGAAUCCAUGUUCAAGAGCCUUCAAGAGGUGGUGAGUCUUUUUGAACUUGCUCAGACCUCUGUCUUCAAGUUGAUGUCAAGUGACUCGGUUCCGAAAUUCCUUCGUGACCCCAAGUACUCCGUUGUCCUGCAGGAGCAUGACGUCGACAUCUUCGGCGGGUCUCGUUCGUACUCACCGACCCCCGGUGGUCCGGAACGCACCAUGAGCCGUUCUGCGCGGACAUGACAAUUACCGCGAGGCAGCGUGGAUGUUUCCUAC